AUGGCACAAAACGUCCGUCUUGAUCUGGCCAUGCUACGUACCAUGUUUCCGUCUUGGGAUGUCGAAGUGCUAGAGGAAUUGCUGUUAGCACAUCAAGGCGAUGUAGAAAGGACAGUGAACUCAAUGUUGGCCAUGGAUACGAUGCCUACUGCCAGCCAGACACAAAUUCCAGAGCCGCCGUCGGCUUUUGCACAGACUCUGGAAUCUCCGACACGUCGGCAGCGCAAUGCAGUGCCAUUUCCGUCAGUUUCUCCAAGAGGAAAGCCAUAUACUUGCACUAAUCUUCCCGAAGACUUCUUGCGACUUCCAGUGGACGAGUUUCGUGGCUUGACUGACCAAGAAGAGCAUGAUGCUGUCCUGGCGCGCAUGCUGCAGGACCAGUUUUUCCGGGACGAGGUUUUAUUUAGCGAAGAGUUUUCAUCUCACUUUCAAGAUGAUCGAUCCAUGAGGCAAUAUCAAGUCUAUACACCUGAAAAGACAGCGGCUAAAAUUGCAAACGAGACCUAUGCGGUUGUAAGUAAAAAAUUCACAUCCUUGAGCGAAGUCAUGAAGAGCAAGAUGAACGACAUGUACAUGCGCUUUCAGAUGCGCAACGACGCCGCCAACAGCACAGACCCGAAGAGUACACGCCCACUGAUGGAGGACGACUCAUGUUCUAGCGAGGACGAGGACGAGGACCUGAACCACAAUUCUAGUGUUCGACGCCGCAACACGGACCACCGCCGCAUUCAAGGAUCUCCAAGACGGUGGAGCCCUUCCAACAUGACAGGCAAGCCCAAAACUGGCACAGGCGCGUUUUCCAAGAAGAACGACUAG